AGAUGAAGACCAGCCCCGAUACUAGUAUAUUUGCUAAUAGAUGGAUCGGAAGUCGGCUCUACAAGCAGAUCACCAAUAACUGUUUCCAUUGCAGUCCAUGUGUUUGAAUCUCCCCCACAAUUUGCUAAUCUGCUGACAAAUCCAUUGUGAAUAUCCCCAUUAACCAGCUAACUAUACAGCUACAUCUUUCUUCACGAUUCAUCUUCCUCUGCCUAAUCCAAGACAAGAUUAACCUAGAGAAGGGUCAAUAUACACAAUGACCAACUUCAACAUCCAGAUCAUUUCCGACACCGUCUGCCCGUGGUGCUACGUCGGCUACCGCCGCCUCAUGCGCGCGAUCACAACCCACAAAGCCACCCACCCCGCAGACACAUUCACCCUAACCUGGCACGCCUUCUACCUGAACCCGAACUCGCCGAGUUUCCCCGGCCUGGACAAGACCGAAUACUACAAGUCGAAAUUUGGCGCCGACCGUGCGCUUGCCAUUUUCGAUCGACUGGGUGCCGUGGGCCAGAGCGAAGGCAUCAAGUUCAGUUUUGGUGGGAGGACGGGGAAUACGCGGGACUCGCAUCGGUUGAUGUGGUAUGCGGGGCAGAAGGAGAAGGAGAAGAAGGAUGUAGAAGAGAAGAAAGAAGAGAGUGUGAUUGGGGGCUUGCAGACGAGGGUAGCGGAGGAGUUGUUCCGGGCGUAUUUUGAAGAGGAGAAGAAUGUGACGGAGCGGGAGGUGUUGGUGCAGGCGGGGGUUGGGGCAGGGUUGGAGAGAAGUGAGGUUGAGAGGUUGUUGGAUGGGGAGGAGGGAGGGAAGGAGGUUGAUUUGGAGGCUGAGAAGGCGAGAAGGCAGUUGGUGACGGGCGUGCCGUACUAUAUGGUUCAGGGACAGUAUGCUGUGGAAGGGGCGGAUGAGCCGGAGACCUUUUUGGAGGUGUUUGAGCAGGUCAAGAAGAGUACUUGAAAGGGGGGUUAUUACGAUGUUAGAUGACUAUAUGAG